AGACAUCGCUUACUUGCCUCUGCCAUGCGCAUCAACGCUGACCCCGAGCGAGCGUUCGGCAACUGCAAGUUCCAGUUGAUUGCUCUGUAGAACCCGUGGGAAAGCGCACGAAGGCGACGGUCCACAGGCAAACAUACACAUGAACAGACAAAUACAUUAAGAAUUCAACGCAAACAGUCCACAUAUGUGCUGAAAGUGUUUCAUUUGGAUGCUGGACACCUUUUGCAUUUAAGCAUUUGGCAGACGCCUUUAUCCAAAGCGACUUACAUUGCUUUAUUCUAUACAUUUACAUAGGUAUUUGCAAUUCCCAGGGAUCGUACCCACAACCUGUUAACGCAAUGCUCUUACCACUGAGCUACAGGAAGCCCCGUUCUCUCUCUAUCACACAACAGCAUUUAAGCCAGGCGCAAGCGUCUCUAACAGGAACUACGUUCUUCAACACAUUAGUGAUGGGAAGUUCGGAUCAUUUUAUUGACUCGGACCUUUGAGUCUCGUUCAGCAAAAUGAACGAAUCUUUUUUCGAGUCAUAUCGUUCCUUUCGUUCAUUUUAGGAAAGUAUAAUUAAAAUGUUACAUGUCACUUUCCUAACAAAUCUACUACUUAUGAUCACAUUACAACCAAUACAAAACUAUAAUGCUAUAAUAAACAGAAAAGAUGAAUUACUUGUUUACCUUGGUAUUUAGUCUAUGAUUAUCUCAUCUCACCUUUCAAUUCAAGUUUAUUUAUUUAUAUAGCGCUUUUCACAAUGUGUAUUGUUUCAAAGCAGCUUUACAGGGGCAAACAGGAAAAACAGAAAAGUUAAAACACAGCACAGUGCAUGGUAUUAUACAACUAGUAAGUUCAUUCUAAUAAAUAACAUCUAAUUUAUAAAUAAAUAAAUAAAUGAAUGAAUGCAGUCUCCCGGUGAGCAGGCCAACACUGCCCUGCUGUGGCGAGGAACCCAAACUCCAAUGAUUGAUUAAUGGAGAAAAAAACCUCGGGAGAAACCAGGCUCAACCGGGAGGACCAGAUCCCCUCUGACGUGUCAUAGCUGCACUCAGACUGCUGACGUGUGGUUUAGGUUUAGCAUUUAAUACCAAAUAUUGUAACUUCAGCGUUAAUAAGACAAAUAGUCCGUCUUUGCUCUUGGUUGGGGAUGUAGUGGUCUGAGCUGGGAUGGUCCGAUGGUCGUAUUUCUCUUGGCAGCUGGUGGAAUUGCCUUAGAUGGAGCUGGGAUGGUCAGUCAGUCUGCAGCUGUAUCUGGUGUAAUCUCAAAUUGGGGAUGGGCAUCUGUCGGUCGCCUGGACAUGGUGGAACAUCUUCCUACCUUGGGAUGGGCAUCCCGAGGCAGAGGCAGAAAGAGAAUAAAGAGAAUAAUUAGCGUAGCUGCUGUUCAUUAACUAUGCAUUAAUUGAAAGCUUGGCUGAAAAGAUGUGUCUUUAAUCUAGAUUUAAAUUGGGAGAGUGUGUCUGACCCUCGAAUAGUAUCAGGAAGGCUAUUCCAGAGUUUAGGUGCUACGUAUGAGAAAGCUCGUCCACCUUUGGUGGAUUUUGUUAUUCUAGGUGUUGUCAAAAGUCCUAAGUUUUGAGAUCGUAGAGAGCUUGAUGGGUUGUAACGUGAUAAAAGCUCGGUUAAGUAAGUAGGGUCUAAACCAUUCAGGGCUUUGUAAGUAAUUAAAAGAAUUUUAAAAUCAAUACGAUACUUAAUGGGUAGCCAGUGAAGCGAUGAUAAAACUGGGGUUAUGUGAUCGUAUUUUCUUGACCUGGUAAGAACUCUGGCAGCUGCAUUCUGAACUAACUGUAGUUUGUUUAUCGAUGAUACAGGACAACCACUAAGUAGAGCAUUACAAUAGUCAAGCCGUGAGGUCACAAAUGCAUGAAUAAGCUUUUCUGCGUCUGCAACACAUAAACUAUUUCGUAAUUUGGCAACAUUUCUAAGGUGGAAGAAGGCUGUUUUUGUUAUAUUUGAGAUGUGAUUUUUAAAUGACAGGUUGCCGUCUAAUAUAACGCCUAGAUCUUUAACUGUAUUUGUUGGAGUAACAGUGCAGCUUUCAAUUUGCAGGCUGUAAUCGGAGAUAUUCUGUUUACUUGAUUUUGGUGCUAUAAGUAAUAUUUCUGUUUUGCUAGAGUUUAAAAGGAGGAAAUUACUAGUCAUCCAAUGUUUUAUGUCCUCGAUGCACUCUGCCAGUUUGGAUAGCUUAAAGGAAUCAUCUGGUCUUGAUGAGAUAUAUAGCUGAGUAUCAUCUGCAUAACAGUGGAAGCUAAUUCCAUGUUUUCUAAUAAUGUUGCCGAGGGGCAGCAUGUAUAUGGAGAAAAGCAAGGGUCCUAAAACCGAUCCCUGAGGUAAUCCAUAAUUGACUUGCGUAAGAUUUGACGAUUUCCCAUUUAAAUGGAAAAUCGGUGAGGUACACCUCACCUCUUAUCUUGAUUAAUUUGUCAUUUCACUGUCUUUGUCUAUCAAUAAAGAAACACUAGGGCUAGGCUAUACACCCUUUUGUUAGGAAGGUUGUAAAUUAGCUAAUUUAUGUGUCCAAAGCUGUCACGUCACAUUACAAAAGACCGAAUGACUCGAACCAGAAGACUCGAGAGGUGAACUAAUCAAUUCUCUUUCCGGCUCUGAUUGCAUUUGUUAAACGUCCGGAGCAUGUUGCGCAAUGCGCAUGCGCGACUGAACGAAUCACGUCCCAUGACGUCUCGUUCUUCCCGAGUCACAUUUAAGAUUCGUUCACGAACGACCCAUCACUUCAACACUUAACUAUCCGCAUACAUUUAGGGCUAUACGCGUACACAAUCAAACGAGAGUGCUUGCGUGCGUGCGUGCGCCUGUGAGUGAGUGAGAGAGUGAGUUAGUGAGUGAGUUAGUGAGUGAGUGAGAGAGUGAUAGAGUAUUUGCCAACGAAUUUUUCCGUAUAAGACAGUCACGUGAGAAAUAAAACUUUGCGUCUUCUCAUCACUACCUUUCAACACAAGCUGCUAUCCCCGAAAGGGGAAUGCACCGUUCCUGGAGACACUGCAAUACCAGGUCGAUGCGUGGAGUGGGCGGAGCAAGCCCCGCUUCCAGCUCCGCGUUUCAAAAAUCCAUUUAAUAUAUGGUCCCCAGAUAGGGGACGUAUCAGAUAUUAAACUGAUAAGAACAGAUUUUUUCUUUCGAAAAGUUUUAUUGUCAUCAUGUCUUAUUUUUGAUCUCCAUUUCACAAUAAUACAAUUAUUCAAUAAGGUAAAAUUCUGAGGAAAAACGGAGGUAAAACAACAUAAAACAAGGUAUUACAUAAAAUAUAUAAAAAACUCAUCUGAAACCCAGUUAAAACCAUUUUACGAUGUUUUUAAAAGUACUCAAGCAAUGAAAAAAAAACAAUAAAAUCACAAUCCCAAAAAAUCACUGUCUCUCGUCAUCUGUUGUCCAGGACCGGGUGGAGUCCCUAACAAAAAUACCUUCACCAAACUCUAUAGAACGAGCCAAUUUCCUUCUGUUUCCGCCAGCCAGCGGAAAUCCUCUCCCUCCAGCCCGCUGGCCCGCUGUUCCCGUAGCCAGAUUGGUGAGGGUGCAUCUACGGGCGACCAUAUUUUUUUUAUAAAACGGAUCUGCCCUUGAUUUGUGCCGCUGAACUCACACAUCAGUGGACUUUGAUGCUAAAAACAGGACGAACUAACAGUAAUAGAUGUCGCAUUUACGAAUUUAGCAGACACCUUUAUCCAAAGCAACUUCCACGGGCCUUUUAGUCUAUGCAUGUCUUUUAUCAGUAGCAGGUGAUUUUGGUUUCCAUAUUACAAAAAUGUAAUGACUAUAAGGAUGCAAUAUUGUUGCGCAAUGUUGUAAUGUAACAAGCAUGGACUUAUUAAUUCAAUAUAGCUGACACAGCCCAAGUCAAUGCCAAAUGCCUUACCGUUUACCUCCGUGAAGAGGCUGACGAUAUAUCGUGUCCGCAAAGAAGCAUACAAUGAAUAGCCACAUUUCCUUUUGAAAUGGAAAAAUAUUAUGCAUUAUUUUCUAAUUUUCAGCACAUGGAUAUAGGAUUCAGGCCCAGUGACCCACCCAUGCAGCCAAGCAUAUGCGAGAACGUAGUAAAAUUGAGUCGGGAUGCGCGCAUUUAGCUACAGGCAAACAAUUGAAAAUUGUCGGUUUGCACAAAGAUGGUUUUUAGCCUACGGAUCCCUUUGCUCCGAAUAAUUGCCCUUAUUAAACAUAAUUACAUUCACUGUAAAAAAUAUUUAAAAAAAACUUAAUUAAAAAGCAUUUCAUACAUAUUAACGCACAUAUAUAUUCUAGGCUUAAUAAAGUGCAUUCAUUACUUAUUACUGCAAAAGCUGCAAAGAUGCUAUGUCCACUUCAAGAAGAGCAAGUCUGACUACUGCGCUAAAUGAAUUAACAUACUGUAUACUAAAGAAAAUAAAGUGAGGCACUUGAUCGAUGUUAAGGGUUAUUCCAAGAUGUUAAUACACAAAAAUGAUCUUACUCUGACUGAAACAUCCAAAGUGUAAGCAUCAGAAUGUAUGUGUCUCGCAAACAUAAUUAUGUCUUAACUGAAUGCUUGGUGAACUGCCGGGGGAAAUAUUGGUUCAUAAGGCCUUAACUCUCGAUGUCAAUCAAACAAAUUCAAUUAAAUACACAUAGAUAAAAAUACCUAUAGAUGUGGGUUUUGAGUUGGUGUGUGCCAAAUUUGGCGGAAUUGGAUGCACUAAUUUGAUGUCAAAUUUUCUAAUUUGUCAUUUUCUAUUUUAUUUACAUCUGAAACCUCUUGAUUUUGAAUGUAAAAAUUCACUUGAUAAAAGGAUUUUAAUAAAAAUCUGCAUUCCACAAAUCAAAACACAGUAACAGAAGCUACAAUGAUUUAGUAGCUUCUCAAUGGCUCGAUUUAAAGUUUUAGAUUACAAGUUUCAAAUUUUUAUUUUUUUAAAAACCAAUUGUGUUGGGUAAAACGUUGCUGAGCAAAAAUAUGUUUACAGAAAAAUCUGACCAUACCAUUGUUCUGCUACAGAAUUAAUUGAAAACUUUAUAAAACACAUUGAAUGGCUCAAAAUGUCCCGUUUUGAAGGGCUAUGAAUAUUUUUCUGAUGUAAGAAUGAAUUACUACUAACACAAUGAGUCUAACUUGAGUGGAACUCAAACUGUUCCUUUAAGUGGGCGGGCCUUGAAACUGAAUACCGCGCAAUUUUGGUAAGUUCAUCAAGGCAAGACUCCAUUGACGGUUAGAAUGAGCUAACAGUAUGCGAGUAUGGCGGAUGGUGGAAACCGAUACAGAAGACGAAUUAACAAUCUUCGAGACAAAAUGAACGCCCAGUUCAAUCGACUACUUAAUGAAGACCCCCCCAGAGGAGGAACAGACCAGUCUUCUGGAUAGGUAUGUGACCCCAUUUAAGUAAUUAUAUGUAUUUGAGUAUUUUAAUAUUUUAAUAUAAUAAAUAUAUAUAAGUCAUUUUUACCAGUUAUUUAAUAAUCAAAAUUUGAAUUUAUUCAUUAUUGAAUUAAUCACCAAUGCACACGUGGUUAAGAAAUGUCAAUAAUCACAGAAAUAAUCAAAUGUACUUGAACGAUAUACUUGCAUAUUUAAACGAUGUGCUUAUUUUGAAAUGCUUUGUUUGUAAAGAGUUGUCACAGGGAUAAGGUGUUUUUGUAUGCAAAACCAGGUAGCCAGAUAACAAUUUAGCACGUCUGGUUCCAUCGCACAAAACUAGGGGUGGGUUUCCCUAUAGAGGGUAUGCAUCGACGUCAUUUUCCCACGUGAAAAUGCCGGGACAUGCUGCCCUGAGUGGCAAAACACCCAGCUUAUAGGCAGAGAAACUGGGACUAAAACACGCAAUUAUUUGCUGAAAUUACAAGCAGUUGGACUCGACUCGAUCCAUAUGGCUUCACUACGACGUUUAGGAAUGUUUUGCCACCCAGGCGACCGCGGACAGGCUCACGUGGUGUUGACGUGGUAAAGUGACGAAACGUCCGUACCCUCUAUAGACCAAUUUGGAGUCGACGUCACGGUUAUGUCACUGCCAGCUGUGCACGCAUACUGGUUGUAUUAAAACUGUGGAAAACAAAGCAGCAAUGAGUGAAACGGAGGAGGCAAUUGAAUAAGAAUGGCAAAAAUUAUGGUAUUUUUCCUAUGGAAUACCGUCGUUGAAUAAGCCAUUUUAAGCUAAACAAGUCAUUAAACAAACAGGCUGGAAUGACAAAAUCAUCCGGAUCUGUAUUUAUUUUAUUCUUUAUCCGUGUAAUUCUCAAGUCAUUAUACAGGCUAUCUAUUCUGGGUUUUCUGCAACCAAGAUGCGCGUGCAUCCUGAAUGUUUACAAACGUAUAAUUAGCCUUUUCGCACACAAUUAUGGUAUUCAAAAUAGACUUACUACGUCCUAAAUUCUAGUAGGCCUAUAGUAAAAUUAUUAUUUUCCAAGUGCCCUGAUGGUCUAAUGUUUCCGGCGAAAAUUUCGAAGCCUGCGUCCGAAAUCGCCAACUUCCACACUAUAGUAGACAAAAUGAGUCAUGAAUAGUAUAUCAAUAACUUCCGUAUGCAAAAAAGCAGUUGGCGACAUUUAUCAAUCCCAUGGUGCCACGGGAGCUGAACAAAGGUCAAAUUUUAAAAGUAAAUCCAAUAAAUAUAGCGGAAAACUUCAAGGCGGGCGUCCGUUUUUAAUAUAAGUGCUAAUAAAUGAAAGUCUGGUGAAUAAAUUAGGUUUUUAUCAACGUUUAGGUUGUUGUUAAUAUGUCAUAGAUCAAAGAGCAUACGGGUCACAUGACCAUAAAAAAUGGCGGACGCAGUAUCUCCCAAAUGAAUUCAUACUACUCCCACUCAACUCUUUAUAGAACGUUCUGUUUCAACGGCCGAUACGUAGGUACUUAUUCAUAUUCAGAACUUACUGUCGUAGAAUACAAUUUCGUGUAGUGUAGUGCUGUGUCUUAUCUUUUCCUUGUACACUCCGUCAUAGUGAAUAACCAACCUAUAUAGUGAAUACAAUUUGAGUCCACUAUAUGGAGAAGUAAAUGAAAAUGAGAGCGAUUUCAGGCAAGGACGAGUAGCCUGUAUUCUCUCUGUCAUGGACAUUCAAACUGCUUCAACAUGUUUUUUACAGGUGUGUCUUGUCUAGUAAAAAGACUAUCGUCUCUUAUAUAUUUCUAACGUUCGAGAUGUUUAGAAAUUCGAGUGGUGGUGGGCCGAUUCGCCAACGAAGGCGCAACAGAGUCCGAGUACAAAGACAAAUCACUUUUAAAGUGUCUGUGCUUAAAAACUCCUCCAUUUCCCACAAUAGAUCACAUAGGGAUUCCACUCCACCCAGCCGUGUUGUAGUGCGACGGGAUUUGGAUGAAGAAGAGUUCAAGCAAGCACUGAGAGAUCAUUUUCCUCUUCCAAAAGAUUUUGAGCUAUGCAAAGUAAAUGGCCAAAGACAGGUCAUCCCUUUGCAGUUGGAAAGUUUGAAUCCCGAUCAGAUUUACUCGAGCAGUGCAUUGGGGAGAUCUGCCCUUUAUAUUCGUGUGAAGGUUGACCAGACAACAACAAGUUUGCCCAUAGAUGGGAGCAGCCAACCUCCCCACUCCACCUCAAGUGCGCCCACAGAUGGGAGAAGCGGACGUCCCUACUCCACCUCAAGUGCGCCCACAGAUAGGAGAAGCGGACGUCCCUACACCACCUCAAGUGCGCCCAAAGAUGGGAGAAGCGGACGUCCCUACACCACCUCAAGUGCGCCCACAGAUGAGAGCAGCGGACGUCACUACACCACCUCAAGUGCGCCCACAGAUGGGAGCAGCGGACGUCACUACACUACCUCAAGUGCGCCCACAGACGGGAUCAGCGGACAUCACUACACCACCUCAAGUGCGCCCACAGACGGAAGCAGUGGACGUCACUACACCACCUCAAGUGCGCCCACAGACGGAAGCAGUGGACGUCACUACACCACCUCAAGUGCGCCCACAGACGGGAGCAGCGGACGUCACUACACCACCUCAAGUGCGCCCACAGAUGGGAGCAGCGGACGUCACUACACCACCUCAAAUGCGCCCACAUAUGGGAGCAGCGGACGUCACUACACCACCUCAAGUGUGCUCACAGAUGGGAGCAGCGAACGUCACUACACCACCUCAAAGGCGCCCACAGAUGGGAGCAGCGGACGUCACUACACCACCUCAAGUGCGCCCACAGAUGGAAGAAAAAUUCAGAUUUUUUUUUAUUUGUGGUGUAAAAUAUAUAAAAUUUUAUAAUAUUAUAUAUAAUAUUUAUAAUAAAUAAAUAUUUUUAUUGACAUAUUUUGUGAUCCUUAGAGAGGACUUCUAUAUGGACUCGUCAGAAGUUGACAUUGAAGAAGUGACCCUUGCUUCUCCAGUGAGGAGUAAUAGUCCUGCCGCCGGCUAGUUUGUAUCCUCUGACACUUGGUUCACCUCACAUUUGUUCCUGGUCUAAAUAUUAGUGUAUUUUACUAUAGUUACCUAUCAUUGUCGUUGCCGAAUUAUUUAUAACUUUAUUUUCUUAAUCUAUAUUAAUUGAAGCGUAACGCCGCUAGCAUAUUAGCAUGUUAGCUUGCCUUCUGUUUACAGUGUGGAAUAUCAUCUCCCCCUAUUUGUCUUGUGUGCUAACUGUUUCUCUUUUUAAGCGUAUAUACUAAGACUCAUCAAGCAACCUUGGUAAGUUAGGAUUGCACUUCAUACCCGGUGAGUUAUGGCUUCUAUUCCUAUUGUUGUUACUUGCACCUCAUGUCAUAUGUUUAGUUUAGCCUUCUCUGUCAGCGGCGAGGGUUUUACAUGUGAUAAAUGCAGGGAAGUAGUUAGGCUGACGGAGAAGAUUUUAGAAUUAGAGUCUCGCAUCCAAUCUUUAUUUGAGGAUAGUAAGAGUGUAAGAACCGUAGAAAACACUUCGGAUGCGAGCAAUGUUAGCGCACACAGCUCGGUUCCGGUUGAAAAUCCCCUGCAGCUGGGAAACUUUGUGACGGUGAGACGGCAUAGUCGCAGGACAAAACAUCACUCAACCGUUCCGAUUAAAGUCUCGAACAGGUUUGCCCCGCUCAGUGACGCACCGACUGAGAAACCUGCUGAAAGUGCCCUAGUGAUCGGUGAUUCUAUUGUCCGGAACGUUAACAUAGAGACACCAGCCACCAUAGUCAAAUGUUUACCGGGAGCCAGAGCGCCUGACAUCAAGUCAAAUUUAAAUGUGCUGGCUAAGGCUAAUCGUAAAUACAGUAAGAUUGUUAUUCAUGUCGGCACAAAUGACGUUAGACUCCGUCAAUCGGAGAUCACUAAAGAUAAUAUUAAAGAGGUGUGUGAGCUCGCAAAAACGAUGUCAGACACUGUAAUAUUCUCUGGCCCCCUUACUGCUUACCGUGGUGAUGAGAUUUAUAGCAGAUUAUCAUCAUUAAAUGGCUGGCUGUCUGAGUGGUGCCUGCAGAAUAAUAUAGAUUUUAUAAAUAACUGGAAGAGUUUUGAGGGCAGACCUGACCUGUUGAAACGAGAUGGUCUCCAUCCCUCCUGGGAUGGGGUUUCCCUCCUCUCUAGAAAUUUGGCACACAGUCUUAAUAAUGCUAAAGUCUGACUGCCUAGGGCCCAGGUCAGGAAGGAGACAGAAUGGCUUAACCAACUGUCUGCUUGCCGUCUCGCGUUACAGAAUACACAAAAUAUACAACAUGUAAUAAUCCCUUCUUACAAACAACAUAAAAUAGAGACUGUGUCUGUCCCCCGGAUUAGCAAACAUAAGAUAUUGCGUAAACCUCUUUAAAGUAAUUUAAUAAACGUUAAACAAAUCAAACAUGAACAAAAUACAGAUAAUCAGCUGUUACGACUCGGAUUGCUUAAUAUUAGAUCUCUCUCAAAUAAAGCACUUUUUGUUAACGAUUUGAUAACCGAUCAUAAAAUAGACAUGCUUUGUUUGACAGAAACAUGGCUAAAGCCAGAUGAUUUUAUUACUCUAAAUGAAUCCGUUCCCCAUGAUUAUUACUAUAAACACGAGCCUCGUCUAAAAGGUAGAGGGGGAGGUGUCGCUGCACUUUACAAGAAUUCUUUUAUUACCUCUCAGAAGUCUAAUUUUAAAUACAAUUCUUUUGAAGUCAUGGUACUUCACGUAUCGACACCUAAUACUAAGGACAAAACAUUUUUAAAAUUUAUUCUAGCUAUUGUAUAUAGGCCUCCAGGGCACCACACAGAUUUUAUUAAAGAUUUUGGUGGGUUCUUAUCAGAACUAGUACUGGCCGCAGAUAGAGUCCUUGUCGUCGGUGACUUUAAUAUCCAUGUAGACAAUGAUACAGAUGCCUUGGGACUGGCUUUCAAAGACACUCUUAACUCCAUGGGCGUUAGUCAACAUGUGUCAGGACCCACUCACCUUCGUAAUCAUACUUUAGAUUUAAUACUUUCUUAUGGUAUAAAUGUGGACGAUGUUAAAAUCGUUCAGCAGAGUGAAGAUAUUUCGGAUCAUCAUCUGAUAUUAUGUUUGCUUCACUGGCCUACGGCUGCAAAUCAAACUCCUUGUUACAAAUAUGGUAGAACGAUCACUUCAACUACCAAAGAUGCGUUUCUCGAUAAUCUGCCUGAAUUGUCUAAAAUAUCUAGCAUGAGUAAUAACGUUGACGAUUUUGACACUACUAUUGAAAAUUUUAACUCUACUUUCUCGGAAAUAUUAGACACAGUUGCUCCUCUGCGUUUAAAGAAAAUUAAAAAUAGCAGCCCAACACCGUGGUAUAAUGAACACACUCAGACUCUAAAAAAGGCAUCCCGUAAAAUGGAGCGCAACUUUAAGAAAACGAAUUUAGAGGUAUUUCGUAUAGCAUGGAAGGAUAGUACUCGAAAUUACAGGAAUGCAAUAAAAACGUCUAGAUCCGCCUACUUUUCAACACUAAUAGAGGAAAACCAUCACAACCCUAGGUUCUUAUUUAACACCGUGGCUAAAUUAACAAAAAAUAAGUUGUCAUCGACGUCAGAUUCUGAUUAUCAGCAUAACAGUGAUGAAUUUAUGAACUACUUCACGAGUAAAAUCCAAGAUAUAAGAGAAAAAAUUAUAACAAUGCAACCUGUAGUGAAAUCCGCUGAACAAACUAACUACAGCACCCCUAAGGAGAAAUUGCAAUUAUUUUCUACAGUAGAUCACGAUGAACUGUCUAAAAUCAUUAGAUCAUCUAAAUCAUCAAAAUGCAUGCUAGACCCUAUACCUACAAAACUACUGAAAGAAAUGCUCCCAGAAAUUAUAGAUCCUCUUCUUAGUAUUAUUAACUCAUCUCUGACAUUAGGACAUGUGCCUAAAGCAUUUAAGGUGGCUGUUAUAAGGCCUCUUUUAAAAAAAACCCAAACUCGACCCUAAAGAACUAGGGAAUUACAGGCCUAUAUCGAAUUUACCUUUUAUAUCUAAAGUUCUGGAAAAAGUAGUUUCAACUCAAUUAUGCUCCUUCCUCCAAAGGAAUGACAUUAAUGAUGAAUUCCAGUCUGGAUUUCGAGCAUGUCACAGUACAGAGACUGCUUUGAUCAGAGUUACAAAUGAUCUGCUUUUAGCGUCUGACCGUGGCUGUAUUUCGUUAUUGGUGCUGCUAGACCUCAGUGCUGCAUUUGACACCAUUGACCACAGCAUACUUCUACAUAGACUCGAAAAUUACGUUGGCAUUAACGGAAUAGCAUUGAAAUGGUUUAAGUCUUAUUUAUCCGACCGUUUUCAAUUUGUAGCAAUAAACAAUGAGGUGUCCCGCAAAUCACAAGUCCAGUACGGUGUACCACAGGGCUCAGUCUUGGGACCCCUGCUCUUCGCAUUAUACAUGCUACCUCUAGGAGAUAUAAUAAAGCGACACGGAAUUAGCUUUCACUGUUAUGCUGAUGAUACUCAACUUUAUAUUUCCUCGAUGCCUCAUGAAACCCAGCAGUUUCAUCGAAUAAAGGAUUGCAUAGUUGACUUAAAAAUGUGGAUGAGUAACAAUUUUUUACUACUAAACUCGGACAAAACAGAAGUGUUACUUACUGGACCGAAAACUGCUAUGCGUAACAACCAAGAAUACUGCUUAACGAUUGACGGAUGCUCCAUAAAAUCCUCGUCAUCAGCUAAGAAUCUUGGCGUUGUAUUCGACAGUACUCUCUCAUUUGAAAGCCAUGUCGCAAACACCUGUAAAAUUGCAUUUUUCCAUCUUAAGAAUAUAUCUAAAUUACGUCAUAUACUGUCACUUUCAGAUGCAGAGAAAUUAAUUCAUGCAUUCAUGACAUCAAGACUAGAUUACUGUAAUGCACUUCUAGGUGGUUGCCCUGCGGGCCUAUUACAAAAACUGCAACUGGUUCAAAACGCGGCAGCUCGAGUUCUUACACGUACAAAAAAGUAUGAGCAUAUAACCCCGGUUCUGUCAACCUUGCACUGGUUACCUAUAAAGCAUCGCAUUAACUUUAAGAUCUUGCUUAUUACCUAUAAAGCCCUACAUGGUCUAGCGCCGCAGUAUUUGAAUGAACUUCUAUUGUAUUACAGACCUCCACGUACAUUACGCUCUAAGGGGUCCUGUCAGUUGGUAAUACCUAGAAUUUCAAAAUCAAGUGCAGGUGGUAGAUCGUUUUCUUAUCUAGCGCCUAAACUUUGGAAUAUUCUUCCCUGCAC